GAGUCCAGUCCAGUUGCAAGAAGAGAGAGGUGAAAAGUCCCUAGAAAGUUGGAAGAGUCGACGUGUACAAUUUUGGUGGCAGUGUGUUUACAGUCCACACACACGAAACACCAUGUUCUUAUUCUUAUCAUCUAAUCUUUUUCUUCUUCUUCUUCUAAUCAUGCCACGCCAUUUCUCGUCUCUUCUUUCUUUCUUUCUUCUUUUUUAUUUUUUCUUCUUUCUAUUAUUAUUCCAUUGCAGCAGCUCCAAUUCCAUAUAAUUAUGUAUAUGGCUACUUUGGGUGCAAAUUCAAAUAUUAUUCUUAAAAGUGAUUUAAGGUUUCACAGAACAAAAACAACAACAAGGUUUCAAUAUUCUUCUCCUAGUAGUAAUGUGGCAGUGUUCAAAGUAUUGUCUUUGUCUACCAAUACAAAACCUACAACACGCUUGCAUUUCUUAAGACAUCAUCGUCAUUCUCGUGCUUUGGUAUGCCAAUGUCAACAUAAACAUGAUUCUUCUCCAACUCCUACAAACAUCCCACAUGUAAUAGGAAUUGGGAUCAAUAGGAUGCUUGUUUCUCUCAAAGAUUGGAGAAAUUUACGGAUAAUGGAAGUAGCUGGCUUAUUGGUUUGCAUUUUAAUGGUUGUACCAUCAGCUGAUGCUGUUGAUGCUCUCAAAACUUGUGCUUGUUUGCUCAAGGAAUGCAGGGUAGAAUUGGCUAAGUGUCUUGCAAACCCAUCAUGUGCUGCCAAUAUUGCUUGUCUCCAAACAUGCAACAAUAGACCUGAUGAGACUGAAUGCCAAAUUAAAUGCGGGGACGUGUUUGAAAACAAGGUGGUUGAUGAAUUCAAUGAGUGCGCUGUCUCGAGGAAGAAAUGUGUACCUAAGAAAUCUGAUGUGGGAGAAUUUCCUGUUCCAAACCCGGAUGUCCUUGUGAAGAGCUUUAACAUUGCUGAUUUUAGUGGCAAGUGGUUCAUCACUAGUGGCUUAAAUCCUACCUUUGAUGCAUUUGACUGCCAAUUACAUGAAUUUCACACAGAAUCAAAUAAACUUGUGGGUAAUAUAACAUGGAGAAUACCAACUCCAGAUGGUGGAUUUCUUACGAGGUCAGCCGUGCAGAAAUUUGAGCAAGAUCCUGCUAAUCCAGGAAUCCUCUACAAUCAUGAUAAUGAGUACCUUAACUAUCAAGAUGACUGGUAUGUUUUGUCAUCCCAAAUUGAGAACAAACCGGACGACUAUAUAUUUAUAUACUACCGAGGCAGAAACGAUGCAUGGGAUGGCUAUGGUGGUGCCGUUGUGUACACAAGGAGUGCAGUUUUACCUGAGUCUAUCAUUCCCGAACUUGAUAGAGCAGCAAAGAGUGUAGGAAGAGACUUUAGCAAGUUCAUUAGAACAGAUAAUACAUGUGGACCAGAGCCUACCAUUGUGGAGAGGAUUGAGAAAAAGGUAGAGGAAGGAGAGAAAACCAUUGUGAGAGAAGUUGAAGAGAUAGAAGAAGAGGUAGAAAAAGAAGUAGAAUUGGUUGGUAAAACAGAAAUGAGCUUGUUACAAAGGUUGGCAGAAGGAUUCAAAGUGUUUCAAGAAGAUGAGGAAAAUUUCUUAAAAGGAUUAUCUAAAGAAGAAAUGGAGAUAUUGGAUAGUCUCAAAUUGGAAGCUAAGGAAGUAGAAGAGCUCUUUGGAAAUGCCUUGCCACUGAGGAAACUUAGAUAACUCAAAAAUUUGAGAAAAAAUGUUGUAACAUAUUUUUUGAUAUACUUGUUUAUUAUAGAAUGAAUUCUCAUGUUGGAGGCCUAAUGAGAGUUCAUUUUGUAUUAUAAAAGAAGACAUCAAAUAGUGGACUGCUGUUUUUUUCUUCCUUUAGUCA